UUUUUUUCAGCAGCAGGAACAGAUUCAAAGGCAGCAGUUGCAGAGUCAACCAAAACACCAAAUGCGAAACCGGCGACGAACGGUGAGAGUACGGCUGGUGCGGAAAAAGCGAAAGGUGACCAUUUUCUAGGCGAGAAGAUUGAUUUGGUGAAUGAACCAGUCGAGGAAGGGCAGAAAAAUGGCGGAGAGUCGCAUCAGAAAGAAGCUGAUGGUGUUGAAAAAUCCGAAGAGGUGGCCAAUGAAAAAAAGGAGCAUGACGGCGAUGAGACUACCAAAGAAACCGUGAAGGAAGGCAAAAGUGAAGAGUCUGAAAAGCAAAAAGAGCAGAAGGGAACAGAAGGAAACGGCAAAGAUGGCGAAUGGGAAGUAAUCGACGAAAAAGAAAUCAAACAGGUGAUCAUAUCUACAUUUCAUGUUUUCCGAUUAUUCUUAAUUAAAUGUUUUGAAUGA